UGUGGCGAUGACAGCCGUAACACACCUUUCCACGUCAGGAAGGAGGAAGACGCACAACCGCCUCUGCCGUCGCUCGAGGUCGGUGUGAACUCGACCUGCUCCCCCCCCCCCCUGGUCCGCCUGCCCCUCCAUGCCCGCUGAGUAAGACCCCGCUGCGCCCGGCACACUCCGCUCCUCGGCGGGAUCCCAGAGCCGUGGGAUGAGUUUCAUCACCAACUGGAGACGCAGCGUGAAGAAAAAUGACAACCAGACGGAUGCCAGUCAGGCACGGGACGUCCUUGAUGGCCCGGACUACACAAACCAGUUGUCAGUCAUAAACAAUUCAGCAAUGGAUCCCAUCAUCUCAGACUUUGGGUUACAGCUUUCGGACCACGAUGCUCUGCAAUCAACCAGUCCAUCCCAAGGGUGCUCGCGGUCAGAGCUGUCGCUGGCUCUGGACGACUGCAUGGCCGCCCUGGAUCUGUUCCUCAGAAACGACUUUGAGAAGGCGCAGGCUCAGCUCAGAUCCAGAACCAAAGACAGCAUGUACCACGCUCUGACCUACGCCACCAUCCUGGAGAUGCAGGCUAUGAUGACCUUUGAACCGCAACACAUCCAGACUGCGGGAAACACGAUGAAAGAGGCCCAGGCUACCUGUCAGCGACAACGCAAGAAGUCGAGCUUCUCCAAGAGCUACACAGAAGAGGAGCUUCACGCUGAAGUUUGCUACGCCGAGUGUCUCCUGCAGAGGGCAGCGCUCACCUUCCUUCAGGAUGAAAACAUGAUCAGUUUCAUCAAAGGAGGGAUCAAAGUCAGGAACAGCUACCAGACGUACAAAGAGCUGCACACGGUUCUCCACUCUUCUGGGUACUCUCAGGGUGAAAACCACGGCCAUUUUGAGGGAGGUGUCAAACUGGGAGUCGGAGCCUUUAAUCUAAUGAUUUCCAUGUUGCCCACGCGGACGCUCAAGCUGCUAGAGUUUGUGGGUUUUACUGGAAACAAGGAGUUUGGCCUUCAGCAGCUUCAGGAGGGUUCUGCGGAAAGCACCUUCAGGUCCUUCCUUUGUAACAUGCUGCUGCUCUGCUAUCACACCUUCAUGAGCUUCAUACUCGGCACCGGGGAAGGAGAUGUGGAAGAUGCAGAGAAACUGUUGCAGCCAUAUCUCCAAAAAUAUCCCCAGGGAUCCAUCUUCCUUUUCUUCGCUGGUCGAAUAGAAGAGAUCAAAGGCAACUUGGACGCUGCUAUCAAGCGCUUUGAGGAGUGCUGCGAGGUGCAGCAGGAGUGGAAGCAGUUCCACCACAUGUGCUACUGGGAGCUGAUGUGGUGCUUCACAUACAAGAGGCAUUGGAAGAUGGCCUACUUCUACGCUGACCUGCUCAGCAAGGAGAACACUUGGUCCAAGGCUACUUAUGCGUACAUGAAAGCGGCAUACCUCAGCAUGCUGACUCCCGAUGAUUGCCUAACCUUCGGGGAGACUGCGUUCACUCUGUUCAGGCAGGUCCCAGGGCUGAAGCAGAAGAUAGCGGGGAAAUCUUUACCCACGGAGAAGUUUGCUAUCAGGAAAGCCCGUCGCUACCUAGCAGAAAGCCCGAUCGCUCUUCCCGCUCCUCCGCUGGAGAUGAUGUACAUCUGGAACGGCUACACGGUCAUUGGGAAACACAAGGAGCUGACGGAAGGCAUGCUGACGACGCUGAACGAGGCUCAAGCUAAACUCGACAGCACACCAAGGUCGGAGUUCACCUUCGAUGACCAGUGUCUGCUGAGCCUCUUGAAGGGACUGUGUCUCAAACACCUGGGGCGUCACGAGGAAGCCGAACACUACUUCACCCUCAUCCUCUGCAACGAGUCUCAGAUCAAGUUUGACCACUACCUGGUUCCCAAUGCCCUGCUGGAGCACGGCCUGCUGUGCCUGGAGCAAGGCAGGAAAGCUGAAGCUAUCCGACUCCUAGAAACUGCAAAGCAAAAUUACAAGCACUACUCGAUGGAAUCACGCACCCACUUCCGUAUUCAGGCUGCUCUGCAUAAGGCCAAGGGGGCGGGGGAGAACGGCAUCAACGUUUCCUCCAGCCCAUAACAGGCAGAGGAGGACACACGAGAGCAGAGGCAGCUUCUUCCGACUGUAGUCCCACUAUUUUACACUCAGCCCCGAGCCGGCCUCCUGCCUUUUUGGGCUGGUGAUUUGUUUUUUGUUUUUUUGUUUUUUAUCAGAAAGGUAGGAGAAGAUUGAUGCUCCCUUUCGGGAGCGACUGCAGCUCUGUGUGCCCCCCCUCCCCCCUCCCCCCGACAAGAAAAGUCAGGUUUGCUACGUCCUCGUCAAGGGAAACGCGUGGUGAAACUUAGCUGUUAGCAGGCUUGUUUGUCGAGCAUAAAGGCCGCCCAUAAGGGGCGCACAAGGGCAGGAAACAAGGCGAUGGUGUAGUUUAUACUGCUGACUGCCUCCAUUACUACCCCAGGAUAAAAAUGUGCCCAGGUCCCAAAUACCCCCUGAAUAAUUAGUGACCCGAACUCCACCUAAACAGCAGCACCAUUGACUUUGUCGGUGCACAGCCCUCCCACCUGCCUAAAUUUAAAUGAAAGAUUAUUGAUUAAAUGACUGGAAUAGAUUAUGUGUUUAACAUCAGGUACUCAUCCACAUGGACUAUGAGACGGUUUAGUAUUAAGAGAACAGUUAAAAGGUCUCACCUUCAAUUAAGAUAUUUGAUCGACACCAUUAUGACAUAAUUAAAUUAUUAAUUAUAUAAAUGAUUUCUACGUUGGAUUCACUUUUUACACCCCAUAAAUUGUAAUUUAUAGAUUGAGUGAACCUUUUAUUGUUUCAGAAGGAAACGUCUUCAUGUGGAAUACUUACUUCUGUAGAAUUAUUUGGAUCUUGGAGUUUAAGUGAGAGCUGUUCUUUACAUGUAUAUACUGUAAAUGGCACCUUUUACACAAAUUGUCCUGUUUUAAGAGGACAGAUGAAUGUGUCUUUUAGAAAGGCAGACUCCCUCCCUUUCUCCUCCCGGCUCGCGGGACGGGCUCCAACAGUACUUGAGCUUCAACAAAUAGGCCUUUCAUGGCGAGCAGCGAAGGGGCCGCCUGCUUGUCCGCACGGGAACCACCACCGUCACCCUGCUUUGUGAAUGUCUUCUGCUGCUCCUUUAUCUGCCAUGCUUGACUACAACCACCUAUUCAAGGGACAUGGGCAUCAUAACCGUGCUGAAAUAAUAAUAUGUUUAUGUGCAAACACUUGUAAUGAUUGAUGAUAAGGCAGAAAGGGGUCACCUCUAAUCGUGUGGGAGGUUAUUUGAAGGACUCUGUGUCCAAAGCCUGGAACCUCAGAUGGUGUCUCAAGUGUUGGAAUAAGAGCACUGCUGAUUUAUUCAUGAUUAGACGAAGAAGUUUGGGAUUCGAGACAAUAACUAAAAGUCAGUUUCAAUUUUUUAAUGGUGAAGGAAAUGUACUUUAAAUAUACUCCAAACAGCUCACGUGAAGAUGAACAAAUUAUAUUUAAUUUGCUGAUUGAUAAAAAAUAUUUUAAUCAAUUAGUUUUACAGAUAUAGCAAGAAACUAACCAAAUUUAGUGGCAUUGUGAUGUUUACAAUCAGUAUGUUUAAUUGGCACGGCUACUUUUUAGCAGAAUGACAUUCCUGUAAAUGUUUCUAUUGUAAUUUAAGAUGUGAGAAGAUUAUGAUAAGCAACUAAAAAACACAUCCCCAUUUUGUGUCGUUUUUUUGUCAUUGG